GGCAAGGCGGGGGGCCGGUCGCGGAGCGCCCAGCCGCGGGCGGCGGGCGGCGGGAGCGGCGGUGGCUCGGAGGAAGAGGAGCAGCGGGAUGGCGGGUCGUUGUUCCUGGUGAACAAGAGCGGCUUCCCCAUGGACGGGCAGACGUGGGAGCGGAUGUGGGGGCACGUGGAGCGGGUGCAUCCCGACGGCGGAGCCGUGGUGGCGGCCAUCCGGAGUGCAGCGCGCCUGGCCCGGCCCUCAGUGCCUCCAGUGCCAAACUACAAGCUCUCCAUGUCAAUCCCAGAAUGGCUCCAAGCAAUACAGAACUACAUGAAGAUGCUGCAAUACAAUCACACAGGAACACAGUUCUUUGAGAUUAGAAAAUCCAGACCUCUGAGUGGGUUAAUGGAGACAGCAAAAGAAAUGACCAGAGAGUCCUUACCUAUCAAAUGCCUUGAAGCAGUUAUCCUGGGGAUAUACUUAACGAACGGGCAGCCCUCCGUGGAACGCUUCCCCAUCAGCUUUAAAACCCACUUCUCAGGGAACUAUUUUCAUCAUGUGGUGCUCGGGAUUUACUGCAACGGCCGCUACGGCUCUCUGGGCAUGAGCAGGCGAUCGGAUCUGAUGGACAAACCUCUAACUUACCGAACUCUGAGCGACCUCAUCUUUGAAUUUGAAGACUCCUAUAAAAAGUACUUGCAUUCAGUCAAAAAAGUAAAAAUAGGAUUAUAUGUCCCACACGAGCCACACAGCUUUCAGCCCAUUGAGUGGAAACAGAUGGUCCUCAACGUAUCCAAAAUGACGCGCACAGAAGUCAGGAAGGAGCUGGAGAAGUUUGCCAGGGAUAUGAGGAUGAAGAUUCUGAAACCCUCAAGUGCCCAUUCUCCAAUGAAAGAGAGAUCACGGGGCAAGUCCUUGUCCCCUCGCCGCAGGCAAGCCAGCCCUCAGAGACGAGCAUGCAAGAGAGACAAGUCGCCUGCUGUGGUGGACAAGAAAGGAGACCUGACAACACUCAACGAGGUAGGCUACCAGCUCCGCAUCUGACAAAGCCAUACGCUGGACAGAGGGCUUCCCUGGUGCUUCCCGCUGCACUUUACCUGCACUCCCUUGGAAGGCAAAAAAGGAAUGGGGCUAUUUAUUAACUUGUGGACUCUUAAAAUGAAAGUUUUCCAUAGAGAACAGAACAGGGGGGGAUUUGUUUUGAUGGCAGUUUUUAUAUUUCUUUUUUAAUGUAUAGAAAAGGCAUCAGCAAAGAGAACUGAAAAUGGUUUGCCAGGAUAUGAGAUUAAUUUUUCCCCCCCUUCCAUCAGGUAGCAGGUGACUUCAGUGGUGUGAGACUUUUCUUCAAAGACACUUUCUCUGUACAGACAUUAAUUGAGUCUGGGCAUUGUGCUGGGUAGUAGCACUGGGAAAACUAAGAAAUCAUAUUCUUAGUGUUAAGAUACGCUGGGGUGCAGUGCAGCUUGAAGAAAAAACAAACCCAUAUUCACUGUUAGUAUUUAAUUCAGCAAUAAAAACAAGCAGUGCAGCAGUGGCAUGAGUUUUUAGAGUGUCAACAUUACCUCACUAAACUUACUAGAUAUGCAAACCUGUCGGGAUUGUUGUUUUGUAACUCAUUUGUACUCUUUCCCAGCAUUUCUGGUAGCACUAAACCAGCACUGGAUGUUUGACUGCCACCUGUAUUAUUGAUUUGUGCAUGUUGCUGAACCACAUUAAGUGAUGGUAAUAUGCAAGGGUGUUUGUUCUUAAUUGCUGACAUCUCAUUAGGCAGAAUUUGAGGUCUUGGUUUAAAAAAAAAACAACUAUGAAUAAUGAAUUUUUAAACUUUCAUAUGUUUUUUUUAUACUUUGUUGCAAGCUUUUAGUCUUUCCAGACUACACUGCUGAAGCACAAAAGGUAGGGAUUGCUGUUUUGUAGAGACAAGUGUUCACCUCCUAGUCAGUUUUUCUCCUUGUAUGUGUUCCUGAAUUUAUGGAGGGGAAAAACAAGUCAGUUUGCUUCAGUAUUUCUGUGUAACUUUGAACCUUGUCUUUGAAAGGCUGAGCAGUCUCAGAUGGUGAUGCCUUGACAUCUUAUAUUAAGAUCAGACAUCACAGGGUGGUUAACCUGCCACUAUGCUGCUGUAGGGAGUUUUUCCUCUAUGUGUUGUAGUAACAACAGCUUACUCAGACCUGAAUGUGAAAGAUUGUAUUGAAAAGAACUUUGACAAUAAGUUAAACUGUAUGUCUGAAAGAGCUGAAACACUAAGCCUCCUUGCUUCCUCCCUACUCAGUUCUUUUGUUCCAAGAAUUAGCUAAGGAGCUGUGGUGGAUGGCAGCAUUUUCAAGUGGCACAGUAAGACUUCCUCUGAGGUCCACCAUUUGCAUUAAGUAUUCGAGUGCUGCAUUCCUGAAAAUAUUUCAUUAGGUGCCUAAAUAAAAACUGGAUUAUUGUACAAGUCCAGCCUCUGCCCUUUGUUCUGUGCUUAUAGAUGACACUG